GCAGACGGAGGUCUUUGCUGAGAUGCGGGUGCCUUUGCCCUACGCCCCUACUACUGGUGGCGAGGUCCUUCUGGAAGAUCUGGUUGCUGACGUUUUUGCUCCAGAGGUGUUCUCGGACGAAAGCCACUACUACUGUUGUGCAUGUGGCAAGUACUGCGAGGCGGUCCGUCGGCAGUGGAUCAAGUCGGCCCCUCCGUUCCUGUGGAUCACCAUGCAUCGUUAUGCCUUCACCGAUGGGGUCCGGCGGAAGAUUCUGACCGAGCUGUCGUUCCCUCUCACUGGUCUGGACUUGACCUCGUUCAACGCCAGGGUCUACGACUGUGUAGGUGCCCUGGAGCAUCACAGCACUGUGGCUCAUGCAGGUCACUACACAGCCACUCUCAAGGACCACAGUACUGGUAUAUGGUGGCGAUUUGAUGAUGGACAUGUUCGCGAGGUUGACUGGGCUCCGGUCGAUGGAGAGGUGCAGGCUGGAGAGUCCCCCUCGGAGCGAGCGUUGAAGAGGAGACGGACGGCACCGGAGAGAGCGAGCUCGCAUACGGCGUAUAUGCUGUUGUAUGUUCAGCAGGGUUACAAGGUCGACGAUUGUCCGGACCUGCCUUCUUGGCUGGCAGCUGAGGUGAAUAGGAAGAAUGAGGCCCUUAGACUGCCGGAGACCUUCGACCAUCAACGCUUGUGUGAGUCGGCGAGUGUGGCACAAGAGACACGCCGUGGGGAGGUGCGGAAGCUGAUCACGAAGUUGCCACAUGCUCAUGAGGCUGUGAAGGGCCCUGGUGAUCUGGUCUUCGCCCCCGCCUUAGCGUUGAGGGAGUGGUCCAAGGGCACGGACGUGGUCAGGAGCCUGUUGGCUGAGGUUGGG